GCUUGGGAGGGGCGGGGAAGGCUCUGCGUUGAAGGUGCAGAUGUUGCCGCCUUCGCCACAGCCUCCCCGGAGAUGGGCAGGAAGUGAAACCAUGGUAGUUACCUGAAAAACUGAUUUUUGGAAUAUCUGAAGUCCAUAUGGCUUUGUAUGAUGAAGAUCUCAUGAAAAAUCCCUUUUAUCUGGCAAUUCAAAAGAAGCGUCCUGAUCUUUGCAGCAGAGUUGCUGAAGUCCAUGGUAUUGUCUUAGUACCUUGCAAAGGAAGCCUAUCAAGCAGCACACAGUCUACCUGUCAGUUUGACUCCUAUGUCCUGAAACCAGUGGGAGAGAGUUUUCAGACCUUAAAUGGAAAGGAGAUUUUCAUACAAGGAAACAGAAUUAAAUUAGGAGCUGGCUUUGCUUAUCCUCUCUCAGUGCCCAUUCUCUUUGAAGAAACUUUCUACAAUGAAAAAGAAGAAAGUUUUAGUAUACUGUGUAUAGCUCAUCCAUUGGAGAAAAAAGAGAGCACAGAAGAAUCUUCAACCUCAUCAAAUUCUUUUACCCUGAAAACAAUUGAAGAUGUAAGAGAAUUUUUGGGAAGAUACUCAGAGAGAUUUGACAAAAACAUUGCAUCUUUCCACCGAACAUUCAAAGAUUAUGAAAGAAAGAGCCUUCGUCAUUACAUAGAUUCAGUGAAUGCACUUUAUACUAAAUGUCUCCAGCAAUUAUUAAGGGAUUCUCAUUUGAAAAUGUUAGCCAAACAGGAGCUUCAGAUGAAUUUGAUGAAACAGGCAGUUGAAAUGUAUAUUCAUCAUGACAUAUAUGAUCUGAUCUUUAAAUAUGUGGGAACUAUUGAAGCAAGUGAGGAUGCUGCCUUCAACAAAAUUACAAGAAGUCUUCAAGACCUUCAGCAGAAAGAUAUUGGUGUUAAACCAGAAUUCAGCUUCAACAUACCCCGUGCAAAGAGAGAACUGGGUCAACUGAACAAAUGUACCUCUCCACAACAGAAGUUGGUUUGUCUUCGAAAAGUGGUACAGCUAAUUAUGCAAUCUCCUAGCCAAAGAGUUAACAUGGAGACCAUGUGUGCUGAUGAUCUGCUGUCUGUCCUGCUUUAUUUACUUGUGAAGACAGAGAUACCAAAUUGGAUGGCAAAUUUGAGUUACAUCAAAAACUUCAGAUUUAGUAGUUCAGCAAAAGAUGAAUUGGGUUACUGCCUGACUUCAAUAGAGGCUGCCAUAGAGUAUAUUCGACAAGGAAAUCUCUCUGAAAAGCCCCCUGAAUCUGAGGGGUUUAGUGACAAACUGUCCCUUAGGCAGAGAAUGAACUUACUAUCCCAGAUGAGUUCAACCCCUAUUGAAUGUUUGUUUAAGCACAUUGCUUCAGGUAACCAGGAAGAAGUAGAAAAACUUUUGUGUCAGGAUCACCAUGAUAAAGACACGGUUCAAAAGAUGUGUCAUCCUCUCUGCUUCUGCGACAACUGUGAGAAACUGGUCUCUGGGAGACUGAAUGACCCUUCAGUUGUCACUCCAUUUUCCAGAGAUGACAGGGGUUAUACGCCACUUCACGUAGCUGCUAUUUAUGGGCAAGCAUCACUUAUUGAUCUGCUGGUUUCCAAAGGGGCUGUAGUGAAUGCAACCGAUUACCAUGGGUCAACACCUCUUCAUUUGGCUUGUCAGAAAGGCUAUCAGAGUGUUACACUUCUGUUGUUGCACUAUAAGGCAGAUGCAGAUAUUCAAGACAAUAAUGGCAACACAGCUCUCCAUUUAGCCUGUACAUAUGGUCAUGAAGAUUGCGUGAAGGCUUUAGUCUACUAUGAUGUGCAUUCUUGCAGACUAGAUAUUGGUAAUGAAAAAGGAGACACUCCUCUUCACAUAGCUGCCCGCUGGGGCUAUCAGGGCAUCAUAGAAGUAUUGCUGCAAAAUGGAGCCAGCACUGAGCACCAGAACCGAAUGAAAGAGACACCACUGAAAUGUGCAUUAAACUCCAAGAUUGUAUCUGUCAUGGAAACCAAUUACCUUGCCUUUGAAAGGGGAAAAAGAUCUUCUGAGUCCCCUGUUCGUUCUCCUCUAUGUUCAGUGGACUCCAUCAGUCAGGCCUCCUCGAUCUCAAGCUUAUCUUCAGCUUGUGCAGACUUAAGACAAGAAGAAACAAAAAAUAAUUAUAAAGAGGUAGAAAAACUUUUGAGAGCUGUUGCUGAUGGAGAUCUAGAGAUGGUACGCUAUCUCUUGGAGUGGAUGGAUGAAGAUUUAGAAGAUGGAGAAGAUACUGCCAGAACAGCAAAUCCGGAAUUUUGUCACCCCUUAUGCCAGUGUCCAAAGUGUGCUCCACGACAAAAGAAGCUUGAAAAGAUUCCUGUCAAUGGACUUGGAGUGAACGUUACCAAUCAGGAUGGCUUCACUCCACUCCACAUUGCUGUGCUACAUGGUCGGACUGAUCUUGUCUCCCUCCUUUUGAAGCAUGGUGCCAACGUGGAUGCUAAGAAUACUAACCGGGCCGUCCCGCUUCAUCUGGCCUGUCAGAAGGGACACUUUCAGGUGGUGAAGAGCCUAAUGGACUUCAGUGCAAAACAAAAUAAAAAGGAUUCAAGUGGCAACACCCCCCUCAUUUAUGCUUGUCUGAAUGGCCAUCAUGAAACAGCUGCCUUAUUACUGGAAUACGGGGCCUCUCUUAAUGUUUCUAACAACAGGGGCAACACAGCUUUGCAUGAAGCUGUAAUAGGAAAUCAUGCCAUCCUGGUUGAACUCCUCCUGCUUCAUGGAGCAUCAGUCCAUGUUAGGAAUAAGAGACAAUGUACACCUAUAGACUGUGCUGAACAGAAUUCAAAGAUCAUGGAAUUGUUGCAGACAGUACCCAGCUGUAUUGAAAUGUCAGAAGAUUCUACAGAAACAGAUGGUGAAAGACAUGCUGCUGUUAAGAUCAGGAAAAAAUUGAAUUCAAGGCCACUUGGACCAUCAGAUGAUACUUUAAGCAGAAGAUUUCAGUUUGUCCAUUCAGUUAGUCAGUUUAAAGCAAAAACUUUACGCGAAACCAUAACAAGAGACAGAAGUGUUCCAAAUUUUGAUAAUGCCUUUCUGAGUCAGCCAGCAGUUCUGAGCGAUAAUAAAGUCAAGUUAGAAGGUGACCAACUGGAGCAGAACAAAUCUGAGACUGAAGAAAACAGUUGCAAACCUAUGAUGGACACAGCGAUACCUGCUGCUCAUAGAACUAAGCGAAUGCAGCGGAGGCACACAGUCAAUGAUGCGGUUGUAUCACAUGACUCAGAAACUUUUCAUAAUAGUGACUUAUUAGCUCCUCAAGAGUCAAGUAUUUUACGCACUGGAGAAUCUUAGCAGUAACAAAGUUCAUUUGCUGCCAAAAAGUAAAGAACUAGCAAGAUAAUGUUGCCAAUGUUCAAAAUGAGGCUUAGGACCACACCUUUGCUUAGAAGAAUCAUAAGCCUUCAGCAGAAAGUUGUUGCAAGGUUUGUACUUUAGAGCUGGAGCCUAUUAAUCAGAAUGUCCUUCAUGGAACUGCUUUGUGGCAGACUGAACUAGGAAGAGAUUAAUGUAAAGAAUGUAUCCCCCAAAUUCCCUCUCUUUUGGCUUCUUUCUUGAAGUUAAAGCACUUGAAAAGAAAAGACAGCAAAAAGCAAUGGUUUCUGAAUCACUAAGCCCUGGGUUUAAGUAUUUGUGCCCUUUGGUUAAAGUAAGAUUCUAAUGAUCUCUUCUACUGAAAGGUUUUGAACCACUGUAGUGUUCAAGUAUAAAAUAGCAAACUUUCUAAGUUCAACUUCUCUUUGAUGCAGUAAGCUGAAUAAAACAGUUAAUCUUCAUCACACUGUGAGGAUGCUGUACAGAAAAAUAACAUGUGAAUGAAGAAAGCAAAACUUCAAAAAACACCCCACUUUGCAGAGCAACACAAGGAUAACCAAAUCACAGUGACAUGCACUUAUUUUUAGUAAAGGUAUGUUGUUUGUCCUACAAAUAUAUAGAAAAAAUCUAGAUGUAAUGCUUCUACUAGCAAGAUCUACAGAUAAUUUGGUCUUCUUCAUAUAAGCACCUAUAGCAGGGAGAACUUGCACAUUCAUGGAAACCCUUUUCUUAGUUAAGAUAUUCUUAAAUACCACACUUCAAGGAUGGCCACCAAAUUAAAGAGAAGAGAUCGGCACAUCUUCCUAACAGGCUUUUGAUUAAACUGCUGUGAACAUGUCACAAACCAGGUUAAUGUGAUUUUGAUUUAAGGAAUCAUUGCUAUAUUCACAUUUGUUCCUUUUAUAAAUUUCUAUAGAAAAUAUUGGUUUUAUUUUUUAAUGUAUGCUGAUAACUUGUCUAGGGCCCUAGACUUUCAGGAGUGUCUGGAGUAUGUUUUCAAAUACCUUUUUACUAUAGAAAAAUGGUUUGUGCAUGCUAUUGGAAACACUUGUGUGCUUGUAGAAGGGAGGGGUUUAUGUAUAUUUUUCUAAAAAAUAAUUUAUGAUUUCUGCUAAUUUUCUAAUGUGCCUUGGAUAUGUGCCAAAUGAUGGAAAAGAAAUAGUAAAAUUUAUGAUUCUUG